AAAAUAUAAAUUAAAUUAAAAUUAAUAUUGUAUUGGAAAGGAUUAAAAAGGAGAGAUUUUUCAAUUGUUAAUGACAUAUGAAAAUUGAAGGACUAUCAGAAAAAUUAAAGUAAAGCUAGAAGAAGUUAAUGCUGGACCGUUCUAAAAAUGACCCAAUCACAAUUUUCUCUCACUUGGGAGUCAUUUAAAUCCAAUAUUUGCAAUGGGUUUAGCAGUCUGCAACAGAAUGCGGAGUUUGUCGAUAUGACGAUAGCCGCCGAUGGGCACUUGGUCAAGGUACAUCAAGUACUUAUGGCAUUAUCAAGUCCGUACAUAAAAGAGCUAAUAACCUCAGCACCAUGUCAACACCCAGUCAUUUUUCUGAACAAUGUGUCACAUGCAACACUGGUUUUAAUAUUGGAAUACAUUUACACGGGGGAAGUGAGAGUGCCAGCAAGGAAUUUGUCUAGUUUCAUCGAAACCGCUAAGGCUUUGCAUAUAAAAGGCCUAGAGGGAAUGGAUUCUGACACUGGUGAGAUAUCUAUUCUUGGAGAAUCAUAUGCAAGAGGAGUAAAAAGGAAAUCUGAAGCAAACGAUGAGUUUUCCCUGCCAAGUUCUGCACGAAAAAUAUCCAUUAAGCGUGAGGGUAGUUCAAUCUCACAGAACACUAGGUCAUUAUUAAGAGCAUCAAAAAAUGAAAAUGAGAAUGAUAACAUUCAGUCAUACUCAAUAUUGGAAGAUUCAAAUGACAUGCAUGACUCUGACGACAUUUUACCAAUGCAGACUAGUGACUUUGCUCCUACAAAUAUUAUAGGUGAUGUGAAAACUUCAAAAGAUAAAUCGACAGCAAACCUCCAAUUCACGGUAUCGAUACGGGGCUCGCUGCAGAUAAUACUGAACCGCUACAUCUACAACCUGCAGUCGACGGCGGCGUCCGGCGUGCGGCGCUGGCGCUGCGCCGACUACCGCAGCAAGAAGUGUAACGCCUUUGUCGUCACCAACGGCAACAUCGUAAUGAACAGAGCCAACCCCCACAAUCACAGCUUCCACGACAAGAAGAUAUUAGCUAAAAUUGAGAAGAACGCAGUGUACAGUGCGAUCGACGACAUGGAUCCCUCCACGUACAAAGAGAAACAGACAGAAGACAGUGCCGAAGUGUCUGUAGACAAUGAUUAUACCACAUUAGGGCUACCCGAUCUGACGGACAAAGAUACGUAGGUUAUGUUGUUUAAAACCGAAUAAAAAAAUAACACUCC